UGCCCACCCGCCAGGAAGUGGAACAAGGGUGGCUUGUACCGCCUAAGCGGCCAACCCGCCCCGGCCUUUGGAAGAGGGAGCUGGAGGGAACGUCGGCCAGCCCCUUUACAGUAAUCCUAGCACUUGAAGACAUCAGAAAAAACUGUAUACUUGAUCGAUGGAAACCAUGAAGAUAUCAAAAAUUGCCUACCCUUUGGGACUCUUUGUAUGUCUGUUCAUUUAUGUUGCGUAUGUAAAAUGGCGUUGGGCUCCCCAACCGAUCUUCAGCAUAGCAGAGACUGCAGCUGGGCCAUGGGGAGUCCAUCAGGAUCACCUGGUGGUAGAGAUGGACAAUCAUGCCGUGUUCUAUGGAAUUAUGUUUGAUGCUGGAAGCACCGGAACGCGAGUCCAUAUCUUUCAGUUUACCCGGGUCGCAAAAGAGAAUCCCACAUUGACCCAUGAAACAUUCAAAGCUCUGAAGCCGGGAUUAUCUGCUUAUGCUGAUGAUGUGGAUAAGAGCACACAGGGAAUACUGGAACUACUUGAAGUGGCUAAGAAGGAAAUUCCUUUUAACUUGUGGAAGGGCACACCUUUGGUCCUGAAGGCAACAGCGGGUUUGCGCCUAUUGCCCGAGGGAAAGGCGCAAAAAUUACUACAGAAGGUGAGAGAAGUUUUUAAGGCAUCUCCUUUUUUUGUGGGUGAUGACUGUGUCUCCAUAAUGAAUGGAACUGAUGAAGGAGUCUCCGCGUGGAUUACGGUGAACUUUUUAACAGGCAGCUUAAACUCUCCAGGAAAGAAGAGUGUGGGAAUGCUAGAUUUAGGCGGCGGAUCAACACAAAUCACAUUUCUUCCCCAAGCUGAGGAAACUCUCCAGACAUCUCAAGUUGGCUAUAUAACCUCAUUCCAGUUAUUUAACAGUACCUACAAGCUCUAUUCCUACAGCUACUUGGGGCUCGGUUUGAUGUCAGCCAGGCUUGCAGUUCUAGGAGGAGUUGAGGGCCAAGCUGCCAAGGAGGAUGAAGAGUUAGUUAGUCCCUGCCUAUCACCACACUUCAGAGGAGAAUGGGAACAUGCUGAGGUGAUGUAUAGAAUCACUGGGCAGGAGGCAGGGCUUCGCCACUAUGAAUUAUGUGCCAACAGAGUAGCAGAAAUCCUAAACAACAAAGUGCACAAAACAAAAGAAGUAAAGACCUUGGAUUUUUAUGCUUUCUCCUACUACUAUGAUCUUGCUGCACAAGUUGGCCUCAUUGAUCAACAGAAAGGAGGUAACCUCACAGUGGAAGACUUUGAAGUUGCGGCCAAAUACAUUUGUAGUACAAUAAAAGUUCACUCACCAGAGAGCCCUUUCCUCUGCUUGGAUCUCACCUAUAUCAGUUUAUUACUGCAAGAGCUUGGCUUCCCAAAGAACAAAGAGCUAAAGCUGGCUCAGAAAAUUGAUGAGGUGGAAACCAGCUGGGCUCUAGGAGCCACUUUUCACUACAUCGAUUCCCUGAGCAGACAGCAGAACCAAAUCUCAUAACUACGGAGACUCCAGGCUGGAUUCAGAGUCCUUGAGGGAGGAGCCUGAAAUUUUGACCUGGAAGUUUCUCACUAAGAAGAAGUGGAAUGCUCUGAAAGAAAUGAACACCUUUGUGGAAAACUCCUCCCUCUUCUUGAAUUCAAAAAAGGCAACGGACCUUCUUUCAAAUGAAGUACACUGAUUUAAACCCGGGUUUUUAGCAGCUUUUACUGUUUACGUAUUUUCAGAGUGCACCUCAGAGCCUUCUACAUGGAAUCUGGAAUGAGGACAGGAAACCAUUUCCUUCCUUCUGCUCCAUCAAGGGUUGCUCCUGGUGCACUCCCUGGACCCUGAGCAGGCAGCCUGCUGCUGAAGUAUAGUGGGGGGUACCCACAAGGCCAGCCAGCUCUUAAUGAAAAGUUAAUUCUGUGACAGGAAAGAGGAGGUCCAAGGACCACAUUUCCUUUGCUGUAAAGUUUAUGAAUGAUCUGUUGGCCAGCUGUUAUUCAAAAAGGGAUAGAGGUGUUUGGCACAGUGAGUGUCGCCUGAUCCCCUGGGUGGGCUGUAGUGCACUUGAGAAUUGAGUUCCAUUGUCUCCCUUGGUUGUAGGGACAUUUUAAGAUAGGGUGGGUUUGUUAGAGGCCAGUAAACACAAGGAAGUGUUGGUUUUGAGCUCUGGUCUCUCUUUGCUUUACUGUGAAUGUCAAUAACCCCCAGGGAGAGGCAACUGAAGGGGGUAAAGCUGUCUUGUCUACCACUGUGGUAGUGGCAUUGCUGCUUCCUGUGCAAGAGAAGUGUUGCAGUUCAGUGGCUCAGUUAGCCGGGACCAUAGGGAAUCACCAUUAGUGAGACCAUGCCAGGGGAGCUCCUACCAUUUAUGAGCAGAGCCAGUGAAGUCUUUCAAUAAAUUGACUGGGUUAACAAUAGUCCUUUUUUAUUUUUGCAGUUAUAAAAAGCUGUGUGAAGAAUGUAUGGGGUUUGGAGUCAGGCCUUCCGGUCUGCGCUCAACCCCAGGGUUUCCCUACUCUCUCUCCUUUCUCAGUUCACAGAUUGUUUCUGCAGAACUCUAAGUGAAAUGGAUAAAAGUGAAGUUCCUAGUGUUCCUGGCUCUUGUCUUGUGGGCCAAAAGAAUGUAUUGCUGCCUUAAGCCUGGUAGACAGCCAGAAAGGGGAGGCGGGGAGAGGAGGAGCUAGGAGACUGCCAGAAAGCUAUGCCAACUUUAAGUCCUGUAGCCUGACCUUGUGAAUGUUCUCAGUUUGGCUCUGUUCAGAGGGCCUCAGAAUUGUCUCAUCUGGCUUUUUUUUCUUUUUUUUUUAAAAAAAAAAACAGCCCAGAAUGUACUCAAUGGAUUCUUCAUACAGAUACUAAUACUUUUUCAACACUCCCAGAUGGCUUGUGUCCUAGCUCCAUGCCACAGCAGUGAUGGUGUGAGAUGGGUUAUGAAAGAGAUAAUGUCUUUGGAGUUUACUAAAACCUUGUUUUGAUUUUCAGAAAUUGUGCCAAGUAAGCCAUUCUUGCCAGCAAAAGUGCAAUAACGAUACAUGGGCAAUCAGAGCAUUGAGGGUGCUCUCUGAAAUAAAAAGUUUUCAACCAACA